GGCACUUUCUCGCGUGAAGCUGGCGAAGAAGAUUCUUGGUUUCAGCACCGUGGACAGCUCCCGGUGGUGCUGAGACGUUGCUCUCUCUUUCUCUCCCUGUGGAUUUGCCCCGAGGAGCCGCCAACCAUGAUUGGGGUCCGUUUGGGCACCGUGGCCCUUCUCUGCCUCUUUUUCCUGGUCCGGGGAGAGCCGGCUGACCAAGGAACAUCGGAAUUGCCACUCAAGCACACGUACCCGGCGCACGAGAAGGAGCUGCUGGACGAACUGCAGGAGGUGCUGGAAAAACUGCAGCAUAAGAAAGUCUCGGUUUGGGAGAAGAAAUUCAACCAAGUGCCCAAGUGCUCCUUCGGAGACCCCUGCGCCAUCCGGAAAGGCCCUCGCAUCGGGAAACUCUGCGACUGCCCCCGGAGAGCCAAUUGUAACGCUUUCCUUCUCAAAUGCUUGUGAGAUGCGCCCGAUAGGCAGCCUCCCGCCGCGCACUUUCGUGUUUUGCUUUUCUGCAAUCGGUUAGCUCUGGGGUGGGGGGAUUUUGGGGUGGGGUGGGGGGGUACGAGGAGAGCUUGAGUCACUCCUUGCCCCCCCCCCUUUGCUGGAAUCCUGAAGCCGGGCUUUGGGGAGGAAUAAAGGAGACUACCUGAGCAUGUCUAGAGUGUUUUUUUUUCCUUCUGCCGGGAGGGGCUUUUUGGAACCGAAGGUGGUAAAAUUUGGAUUAUUAUUAUUUUUUGAGUUUGUUCCUGUCUGAGGCCCGAGCCUAAAAUCUUGAUUUUUUUUGGGUACGAGUUUCAAUCUGGACGCUUUUAAUUUUGACUAAAACCGCGCAGCCCACUAAGUUGUCCCUCUUGGGGCUCUGUGGCUCCCCUAAACCAUGAGGCCGCCCACAAACCAAAACUAUUCUAACUUGGCUUGUCGUCCGAAUCCAGGCCUGUUCAGCUCCGAAGAACCCAGCGACGUUUGAAAUAAAAGAGAAAUUAUAACCUGGAUCC